GCGCCAUAUUCAACAUCAAGGACAAAACUCAAAACCAACUGUUAUAAUUCUGUCGUAGACUUUUUUGUAGCGGAAGCUUAAUUUCUGAGUUUUCAUUUCUGAAGCAGAGAAGAAAAGGAAAGAUGGCAGGCACUGCUGGAAAGGUCAUUCGUUGCAAAGCUGCUGUGGCAUGGGAGGCUGGGAAGCCACUGGUGAUCGAAGAAGUGGAUGUGGCUCCUCCUCAGGCCAAUGAAGUUCGUUUGAAGAUCCUCUUCACUUCUUUAUGUCACACUGAUGUUUACUUCUGGGAAGCCAAGGGUCAGAAUCCAUUAUUUCCUAGAAUUUAUGGUCAUGAGGCAGGAGGGAUUGUGGAGAGUGUUGGUGAAGGGGUGACUGAUCUCAAACCAGGCGAUCAUGUCCUCCCUGUGUUCACUGGGGAAUGUAAGGAAUGUUCUCACUGCAAAUCUGAAGAGAGCAACAUGUGUAGCCUCCUCAGGAUAAACACAGAUAGGGGAGUGAUGCUUCAUGAUGGAAAAUCAAGAUUCUCAAUCAAAGGAAAGCCUAUUUACCACUUUGUUGGGACAUCUACCUUUAGUGAGUACACUGUGAUUCAUGUUGGCUGUCUUGCCAAGAUCAAUCCCUUGGCUCCUCUAGACAAAGUCUGUGUCCUAAGUUGUGGAAUCUCCACAGGUCUUGGUGCCACUCUGAAUGUUGCUAAGCCUCCAAAGGGUUCAACAGUGGCUAUCUUUGGAUUGGGAGCUGUAGGCCUUGCUGCUGCUGAAGGGGCUAGGAUUGCUGGGGCUUCAAGAAUCAUUGGUGUUGAUCUGAAUUCAAAUAGGUUUGAAGAUGCAAAGAAGUUUGGAGUCACUGAAUUUGUGAACCCAAAACAUCACAGGAAACCAGUUCAGGAGGUGAUUGCUGAGAUGACUGAUGGAGGAGUGGACAGAAGCGUAGAGUGUACAGGAAACAUUGAUGCUAUGAUUUCUGCAUUUGAAUGUGUACAUGAUGGUUGGGGAAUUGCUGUACUGGUUGGAGUGCCACACAAAGAAGCAGUUUUCAAGACCCACCCAAUGAAUGUUUUGAAUGAAAGGACUCUCAAAGGUACCUUCUUUGGAAACUACAAGCCUCGCACUGACCUUCCUUCGGUUGUGGAAAAAUACAUGAACAAGGAGCUUGAACUUGAAAAGUUUAUCACCCAUUCAGUCCCUUUCUCUCAGAUCAAUAAGGCAUUUGAGUUGAUGCUUAAAGGGGAAAGCCUUCGCUGCAUCAUCCGUAUGGAGGGAUAGAAACAACCGUCAUCUACCAAAUGAAACUAGAGUAGAAGUCGUUGUAUCUCAUAAUGUCUGUGUGUUUUUCGUUAUACCCAUUUGUGGGGAUGGAAAUAGAGUACCGUUGCUCCCACCACAGCUGCCCUUCUCAGGAUCAUAAAAUUUGUAUUACGAGAAUGUACAUGACUGUACUAAAAAUUGCCCGCUGGCGUUGGGCUCUCAUAAAUAAAUAAAGAUAUAAAUAAUCCAUACCCAACAUUUCAACA